ACCUUCCAUACCAUUCUAACUCAAGCUUGUGGGAUUAUUCCAACAUUGAUAUUUUCCCAUGGCGAUUCAGAAAGUGUUUAGUGUUGUUUUCUUUGCUCUGUUGGGCUUAGGUAUUUGUUCUGCAACUCGAGCCCUUCUUACCCUUGAAAAUGGAAAUGUGCAUGUUGGCUAUGGCACUGUUGUUCAUGGAGCUGUAGGAGAAACUGGGGGUACUGGUGCUGGCUAUGGAGGUGGUGCAGGGAGUGGAGAAGGUGGUGGUGCAGGAUAUGGAGCUGUGGGUGGACAUGGUGGUGGCGGUGGCGGUGGAAGUGGAAGUGGAGGUGGAGGUGGAGGUGGGGCAGCUGGUGGUGCUGCUGGAUAUGGAAGUGGUGGUGGGGAAGGAGGUGGUGCUGGAUAUGGUGAAGGUGGAGAACAUGGGGCUGGAUACGGUGGUGGAGGUGGUGGAGGAAGUGGUGGUGGUGGUGGUGCUGGAUAUGGUGCAGGAGGAGAGCAUGGUGCUGGUUAUGGAAGCGGUGAAGGAGGAGGUGCUGGUAGCGGCUAUGGUGCUGGAGGAGCAAGUGGUGGUGGACAUGGUGGAGGAGGUGGCGGUGGGAGUGGCGGGGGCGGUGGAGCAGGUUAUGGUGCAGGAGGAGCAAGUGGAGGUGGGUAUGGCAGUGGUGAAGGAGCUGGAGGAGGUGCUGGUGGUGGAGCUGCUGGUGGUCAUGGUGGAGGUGGUGGAGGUGGUGCUGGUUCUGGUGGCGGCGGUGGCGGUGCCUAUGGUGCAGGAGGUGCACAUGGGGGUGGAUACGGAGGAGGCAGUGGGAGUGGAGAGGGUGGUGGCCAUGGUGGCUACGCCCCUUAAAAUUUCUUCUCUAUAUCAGAAUGCGUCUCUUACUCUAAUAUGAACCCAAAAAAAUAAUAAUAAUAAGAUUAGCAUGGGUAAGAUGAUAGCUUAUAAUUCAUAAGUAUUGUAUGAAGGCCGGAUUAAUGCUCUCAAGAAGCUGUAUUUAAUUAUUAACUAAUGAAUAUGCAUUCUUCAUUUUCUGCUAUUAA